AUCUGAUCCUGAGAAUAAUGAAGGAUUCCCAAAACGUUUUGACCAAUAAUGCGCUCAUCAAAGAUAUUCUGGUGUAUGAGGUUGGUUUCCUCGUGUGCGCAGCCAUUGGCAUCAUCUACAUCGUUGUGAUGCCCAUAGUUGGCUUGUUUCUGAUGUGCUGUCGCUGCUGUGGCAACUGUGGUGGGAAGAUGUACCAGAAGCAGACAGCCUCUAUUCAUUGUCGCAGAAGAACUCUGUACUGGGGUGCAUUCAUCACCACAUUUAUUAUCCUGGCUGGAAACAUCUGCAUGUUCAGAAGUAACCAGGCUGUCAAACUGAGCGUGGAUCAGAGUCCCGUGCAGCUCGAGAGCACUUUAGACAACCUCGAAAGCUUCCUUACUGCUGUACCUCAGCAACUGGCCUAUGUAUUUAAUCAGAGUUAUAUAACCAUAGACAAGAUCUCAGAGAACUUCAAUGGCAUUGGACCACAGCUGGCUUCAGAGAUUGAGGAACGUUUGAGAAAAACACUGGAUCCAGCAGUGCACACAGUUAGACUCAUGAACCAAGAUGUCGUGAACACCAGUUAUCAGCUGAAACAACUGAACUCAUCUUUGACCCAGCUGCAGUCCAGCAUGGAUACACUCCAAGCCAACAUCACAGCUGUGAAAAGCCACAUCAGCCAGACCCUGUCCAGUCCCAAGUGUAUGUCAUGUGAAACCCUGACUCCAGACCUUCAGAGUCUAACAAUGACCAUCUCCUUCAAUAUUCCCAGCCUGAAUGAAUUCCAGAGUGAUAUAGAUAAAAUCAUGAAAGCUGAUCUGGAAUCCAAAAUCAAAGAGGCAGAAAACUAUUUCAACAGGUUGCCGCAGCUGGUGACCAACACCACAGAGGACACAGUUCAGAGCAUCAAUCAGGAGCUGGAUAAGAUAAAAACACAAAUCUCCCAGGCGACAGGCAACUUCUCUUUGAUUGCUCUGCCUGGUGUGUCAGACACUCUGGAUCAGGCAAGAAAAAAAAUUGUGGCAUUCGCUCCUGAGGCUAAGAAGGCAGAACGUAUCAGGUGGAUAGUUUGUGUAGUUCUGUGCUGUGUCAUCCUCCUGGUGGUUCUGUGUAACCUCUUGGGUUUGGUUCUGGGCCCUCUAGGCCUAAAGCCAAAUGCAAACCCGACACAACGCUCCAGCACUGCAAACUGUGGAGGCACUUUCCUCAUGAUGGGUGCAGGCUUCAGUUUCCUUGUUUCUUGGCUGUUCAUGUUGCUGGUGUUGUUCCUGUUCUUGCUGGGUGGAAAUACGUACUCUCUGCUUUGUAAGCCCUGGAAAAAUGGAGAAUUGUUGAAGUUCAUUGAUGAUUCUCCAGGUUUGAUCCCAGGGCUGGACUCGCUCAACAGUACAGGAAUGCUGUCUGACCUCUCUAUCGCCAACAUUUACAGUAACUGUAAGAAAAAUAUGCCCCUGUGGUCAGUGCUUCACUUGGAUAGAGUGGUGGAUUUGGGAAACCUGCUCAAUGUUUCUCAAUACACAGAGAAAAUCCAGCAGCAGUUUGAAAAUACAGAGAUCAUUGUGCCAACAGUCACGUUACUCAGCCCUGAACAACAAAAUCGUCUCAGCAGCUUCUCUACCAGCGCUGGAAAUGUGGACUUCACCCUUAUCAUGCUGCAGAUCAACAACAUAUCCAGGACCAAUUUCAGUAUAACAGCAGAUAAACUUGAUAUUCUUGCUGGUGUUCAAACAAACGAUGAUAGUAAGACGGAGCUUAGCAGUGCAGCCAGUGAUCUGAGGCAGAUCCAGGCCAAACUAGAAACAACUGUCAUCCCACAACUGGAGAGCCUUACUCCAAUUAUAGAGAGCCUUCAAUUCACUGCGGACAGAAUCAAUGGAACAGUCGGGGGGAUGCUGGAGAAAGUGAAGACUGCACAAGACUUCCUCAACACAAACACGGCACAGAUCGUCAAGGCCGUGAGUAGUCAGUCACAUGAGAGUGAAGAAAAUGUGCUCCACGUGGUUUCUUAAUGCCGGUAUCAGCUCACUCAUUUAGCCAGAGGAACUGGGGAGGAGUUAUGGAAUAUGUGCACGUAGGGUUUAAACUCUGUGAUUCUUACUUUUAAAUCAUACAGUGCUGUCAAAAGGUUUGUGCACAUUUCCAGGCUAUUAUGCAUUUC